UCGAUCACUGUCCCAGUGUUCGAGGUGUACGUUUUUACGUGUAAACACGUACAAAUCUCUGUGUUUACUCGAGGAUUACCACACUUGUGUGAAUAAUUUGAUUCACAUUAUCGCACAAUGGCCGGUUACUGUUUGGACGUAUCAUGACCGAACAAAAAACAAAUCAUGAUGCAAAAUAAUGCAAGAAGAUAAUGUAAUGGAGGUGCCCAUUUUGGUGCUGAUGUUGCAGUUAAUGUUUACUACAGUUUGCCAAGCAGUUCAUCCAGGGUGUGAAUGUGUCGUAUUUUCCGCCAUGUUUGGGAAAGAAGAAGGCAUCUUCAAAAGUCCGGACUUCCCCCAGCCUUACCACGCCAACAUAGACUGUUUACUUUACACCUUCAUCGCAAACGUCGGCCAAAUCAUCGAAAUCAGCUUUUUGGAUUUCGAUGUGCGGAAAACAAACCUCGACUGCAUCCGUGGCGACUACUUGAAGAUCUUCCUCCAUUUAGAGAAAGGAGAAGUGAAUGAAUACACUCCGUGGGAUCUUUUACUUUGUGGGAGUCUUGGAGAUAUCCCAGCUUUACUUUAUUCGUCAAGCUCCGGCCUCGUCCUGGAAUUUCACACUGGGUCUUACACUGCUAACGCUAGCGGUUUUUCAGGAACUUUCAAGUUUAUCGAUAAAAGCCUCUUCAAAACCGACGGCCUCAAGCUUCCAAACAGCAUGUGCGACUACCAGUUUUUCAGUUCCGACCAAUCUCAGGCUUAUGGAAAGUUCUACUCUCCGAGAUAUCCUUCAACUUACCCCACGAACAUCCGCUGUUCAUACCGCUUCCGAGCGAGGUACAAAGAGAGGAUACGAAUAGUGUUUGAAGUAGUUAGCUUGCAGAAAGGAGAUUUAAGCUGUCUAAACAGGGCGGACCUAAUACGAGUAUUCGAUGGAAAAACUUCAGCCGAUCCAGCUAUUAGAGUCCUGUGUAAUGAAGGUAUCGAAUUAGAAGUCCUAUCAACAGGAUCAGAUCUCUUCAUAGAGUUCGUAGCCAAUUCCGAUUGGCCAGGACAAGGGUUUAAAGCCAGCUUCCAUUUCCAGCCAAUAGAAGAUGGCUCGCUAGAUUCGCAUCGACCCAAUCGUCUGGGAAUUUUCACAAAACCGACUGAAAGCGAACCAAGCGCCAGCGAAACUAGAUCCAGUUGCGACGUAACGGUAAGCAGCGACAUGAUCAAAAACGGCACAAUCCAGAGUCCUUCGUAUCCUGCGCCGUAUCCUUCGCGAACGACGUGCAGAUACGACUUCCAAGGACGCGGCAAAGAAAGGGUCCAAGUUGUCUUCCAGGAUUUCAAUUUGUACCGUUCCACGGACGAUUCUACCGAAUGCACCGGCCACGACUCCCUCAUGGCCUUUGUCCACAUAGAAGGUAGAAUGGAAAAAAUCGACAGUUUCUGCGGCAACACGUUGCCCAAACCUGUCAUGUCCAACGGUCCAAGGCUUAGGUUAGAAUUUCAAAGUCUUUUCGCGUCGAGAUACUCGAGAGGCUUCAAAGCGACGUACAGCUUUAUAGAAAAUUUUGGUAUUAGAACCGGUACGCAGCUACCGGAAUAUCCAUGUGCCUUUGUAUUUAAUAGUAACGAAUCUAGAACUGGAUUUUUCUACAGCCCCAAUUACCCAGGUCUUUACCCCAGAGACACGGAGUGUCACUACUUCUUUCACGGAAACCUCAAAGAAAAAGUCCGGCUGCAUUUCAACUACUUCGACGUCGAAGGCGUCUUGCCGUGUGAGGCGAUCUCGGCGAGCGAUUACGUAGAGUUCUCCAACUUCAUGACACGUGAUAGGAAGUAUUCCAGGCAUUGUGGCCAACUUAAAGAGUUCGAUGUAGCGUCAGACAGAAAGUUUUUCCGGGUUACCUUCAGGUCGAACGAUCGCUUGGACGGGACAGGGUUUAAUGCGACGUACCAAUUCCUGGACGAAGUGGAAAGUUAUACUGCCAAAACUGACAAGAAAAGUGGAAGCUGUAGAAUUAAUGGGAUGUCAGCGGUGUACGUGUUGGUGUUAAUAUUCCUCGUCACAUCAUUUAAAUCAUCAUCAUAAAAUGUCAGAUACAAUAAACAUUUUUAAAGCAAUACAAUUUUAGAACAAAUUUUACAAAAUUGUAAAAUUUAAAAUCUUUUAACAAAUUUGUAUUUUAAAAUCCAAGGCUGUAUAAAACAAUGUACCUAAUAAGAAUCACGUAAUAUAUUGUAACUUAUUUUUUACCGUUGAGUUACCACAUUUUUGAUUCUAAAACAAUAAUUUAAUAGGAAAUUUUAAAAAUUGUAGGAUAAUUCAUGUUUCGUUGUUAUUAAAAUUCAACGAAGUACUUGAAAACCAUACGAAUAUGUGUCAGAACAGCUGCAGUUUAUUUACGUCACUAGUGGAAUAAAAGCUUUCUUACCGUACGGGUGCGCAUUACGCACUUGAUCUUUUUAUUUACCUUACGCUGUCCUGACAUAUUUUCUUUGCUUUGGCGGCCAUAAACAACACAACUAAAUAAAAAUGUUUUAAUAAGCGAAACAGUUUGAAAAUGUAUACAAUUGUCGCUACGACAAUAAAAUUUUAUUUAUCAAUACACUUAGCAUAAAAUGUUUGCAUGUCGUUAUGUCCAUCAAACAACAAAAAUAAGUGGAACAACAAUACCAAACACCCGACAAAUAUUUAAUUGUUUCAAAACGUUACACCUUAAAACGAAAAUCAGUUCACUGAUCGAGGCGCAUAAUUUAUAACCUAAAAAAACCGUAAAAGUGAGUGCAUUGUUGUUCCAUUUUAAUCACAUAUCUCUGUAAGGCUCAUUUAUUUAACACCAAUGAAAAAUAAAACCAGACAUUUUUAAUAGCCAACUGUGAAUAAAUGAGCCCCUUUUCGUUACGGUAGUGGAUACAUACAUGUCUACUAUCACUAAAAAUAGAUCAUCUUUGUAACCUAGUUUUGU